AUGUGGCAGGCAGCAAAAGGAAUGUCGGUCCUAGUUCUGUCUCUUGUUUUGGUGAAAUGGCAUUGGGCAAACUCCCUUACAGCUCAAGGUCUAGGACAGGGCACUUAUGAUGCCAAAUUCUACCCUUUACCUCACUCUAACGCACAAAAGCAGCAAGCACCAGCAUGCCCGCACAGGGAGCGCAAGGCAGAGGAUGACUGGCAGAACAGGGAGCGGUCUAUACCCGGCCACACCGAGUGCUGCUGGUCUCAUCCCCUCCGUCUCAGAAAGCGUGACUAUGAAGGGUUUCUGUGUUCUCUGCUGUUGCCUGUAGAAUCUCGAACCUCUGCUUUUGCCUUGAGAGCCUUCAAUGUGGAACUGGCUCAGAUUAAAGACUCCAUAACUCAGAAGACUACAGGUUUGAUGCGAAUGCAGUUCUGGAGGGAGGCUGUGGAAGAUAUAUACUGCGAUAACCCACCACAUCAGCCAGUUGCUGCAGAACUGUGGAGGGCUGUCAAGAGGCAUAACUUGACUAAAAUGUGGUUCAUGAAGAUCAUUGAUGAAAGAGAGAAGAAUUUGGAUGAUAGAGCGUACCGUAACAUCCAGGAGCUUGAAACAUAUGCUGAGAACACUCAGAGUGCUCUCUUGUACCUCACCUUGGAAAUGCUGGGUGUGAGGGACAUCCAUGCUGACCAUGCAGCCAGUCACAUUGGGAAAGCGCAAGGCAUAGUUACCUGUUUAAGAGCAACUCCGUAUCACAGUACAAGACAAAAGGUCUUUCUUCCCAUGGACAUUUGUAUGUUGCAUGGAGUUUCACAAGAGGAUUUCAUAAGAGGCAAGCAAGAGAAAAAUGUGAGAGAUGUAAUUUAUGACAUUGCCAGCCAGGCCCAUAUUCAUUUAGAACAUGCUAGAUCUUUCAGUAAGAAAGUUCCCGUGAAGGCAUAUCCUGCUUUUUUCUGUACGGUUGCUUUAGAUGAUUAUUUAUGCAAUAUGCGAAAAGUGGACUUCAAUAUAUUUCAUCCAAGCUUACAAAAGAAGAGCUCUGGAUAUAUGCUGUUCUUCUACCAAGGCCUCUUGAGCCCCUCGGCAAGCUGAGAAUGUAACAGCACGGCUGGGCUUUCACAGAAUACAGCCAUGGCUGUGGUCCUUCACGGGCAUCCCAGGAACGGUGACCCAACCAGCUUCCCUCUAGCUUGUAGCACUUUCAAGGCCUCAUCGUGCAGGAGGGUGCCUUAUCCACCAGGAGAUAGCUAACCUGAAGCUACCGGAGAUGUAAAUAGGCCGCUCUGCGUGACUCAGCUUUUUCCACUGGAGUUACUCCACGAUGCAGCACAGGAUUCGCAGUGCAUUUGGAAGGAGGUGAGAGGGGCCGUGACCAUACAGGCCUAGUGGUUGUAUUUGUCACCUCCGAGAGGAGAGCACUAAGCUCUGGUGUCUUCUUCUGAGGCUGGGAACUAGGCAUUUAUGUGCCUUUAAGAUGUGGAUUUAGGCCUCAGUCUGUUGGGAAGCUUCAUUGCAAACGGUUCCUGGAGGGAUGCAGGUCCGAAACUCCUUCCCUGCCAGCCCACAGUCAGACACAGUUACCAUUGCUUAAAAAUCCCCAGAGAUUCAAAUUCAGCAUAACAUCUAUUUGUCGUCUUCUAGCGUCAGGAGAUGUAAAAGCAGCCUAAAGAUCUGUCCAUCCACAUUUUCUUAAUUGAGCUGUUGCUCGUUUCUCCCCCAGCUGAACACAGGAGUUCAUCCUCUUAAACCAUCGCUCUGACCAGGACAGUUUAAGGAUGGAAUUCCAGAUUUUGGCAAAUGGUUUAUUCAGAGGCAAACGCAUGGGACUGAACUCCUUUGGUGUUUUGUAGAAUGCUCCACAAAGCCAGAUUAAUAUGUGUUGUGUACUUAACAAAUCCUAUACUCUAAACUUUUAGUAAGGUAAUACACUUUGAACUGCAAAAAUGCUAUGCCUUUAUGGCACUUGGAAAGACAAAAAGUAUAAAACUUAUGAGCUAUUGAAGUUUCCCCCUUAAAUCUAUCUUAUCAGGUUAAUUUCUAAGAAGGAGUAGAGAAUCAUCUUUUGCUUUCAACAGUGCAAGUUUAGAACUCAGCAUUAUGGAUUAUUUAAUGAAAGCUAAAGUUAAAAAUGACACAAAUAUUCGCAGGGACAGAACAAGACACAUUGAUCCCUCGGAAACAAAGAGGUAUUUCUGGUUCAGCUUCUGAGCCCUUUCUUCUUAAGCUGUUGGCUAGCAGUUUGGCUGUGGAAACUGAGGAAAAAGAAUGCUAUUUGGAAGAGAACUGAGUUUCUGCAAUGAAAAUGGGAUGAACACCAAAUGAAAGAAAGGUUGCUCUAUGUUUGUAUGGAUUUCUAUUAUAAAUAUUUUUAGGGACAAGCCUUGCUUGUUGUGGCUACUUCUUUGCCAAAUUCUUUCAUACCUUAGGCAAACAAUGAGUGCAGCCCUCCUGGUUAUGAUGAAUUCUCAUCAUACGAAAAUUCAGAUGACAGAUGAUGGAUUUUGUUAGUUUUCCCUUGGCCAGUCGGAAAUUGCCCUCAAGUUCCAAAGAGAUUUUGAAUAUACAGAUGGUGAGCAGAAAUCCUUACUGUGUCAGAACCAGCGAUCCCUUUCUGUCAGUGUCAGAGAAGCAAUCCACCAGAAAAUGAGCUUGGCUUGAGCCUUUCUGGCUCUGUUAUUUGUUAAGAUACGGCGUUAAAUGGUUCUUGCAGAGUCUCAUCUGUAUGGUACAUACAGCAGAGGGUCGGAAAGAAAAAGCACUGCAUUGCAGUCUGUCUUGAUCUUACUUCAAAAACAAUCUAUCAAAUUGCAGUUUAGCUUUUAAGGUAGGUUAAAAUUUAAACUCUGGUAAUAGUUGUACAUGGACAGAGCUCAACCAAAAACUGAGACAAAAACUACAGAUGCCCAUCUGAAUUCAAGUUCACAGCUUGGGGCUAAAUCUACAGAACACACUUAGGCAAUUUUAACCCAGAGAGGUUGGGAAUUGAUCUGCGGUCUUGAAUUUGAGUCCCCAGGUUUAGUUUCUAUUGUACGUGUACAGAUACUGGCUCUCAUCAUAAUACAUCAGUGCAAGCUCUUCAUUAUGCAACAGUAUAUGUAAUUUUAAUGCAACUCUCAAAACCUUUGCAACAUUUUUUUGGAAGAUAUCUAACAGCCAGAAAUUCAUGUUACUAACAUAAGCUUGACAAAAUGUUUUAAAAUGAUAUAAAAUUACAGAUGGUCCUGUUUUACUGGACAUGUUGUUUAUAAUAAAUGAGAUAGACAAGUGUUGUGCUUUUUCACAGCAAAAAAAAAAAAGCCCAUACAUUUACAUGUUUUUAUUUUAAAAGGGAAAUGCUUAAAGCCAAUUAUCGAAUUAUGUUCUUUUAACUGCCUCUUCUCAUUAAUGUUACAUGGAAAAUAAGAACCAUAAUAUAUCAAUUUUACGAGUGUUAAAUGCAAUUCCAUAAAAAUGGUGUGAGAAUCUUUGUUUCUCAUUCGACUAUUUCCAUUGCAACUGUUGUCUGUUUGCUACUAAAAAUUUUUUUUUCCUAUGCCGAGAGUAAAAUUCUAAUGCCACGUUGACCCAACUUGAAGGUAAAACACUC